AAAUUUGCUUGGAAGAAGAAGGUUUGGAAUUGUUAGACAUUGGAGGCUCCGCCGAAUUGUUUUCGCCAACGCAUAUGGGCCCUCACCAUGGGGUAUAUUCUAUUGAUCACGAUAAGAUUGAGGAUUAUUAUCUAUCGCAUCGACCCGAGCGGCGUAAUGUUUAUCCAUUGCCUUCCGGUCGUCAACCAUGGUUGAUCCCGAGCUUGGAGCCUUUGAUUGCAGAUGUUGCUUUGGCUAAAAGCAGAUUAUUGAUAACCAAGACGCACUGCUUGUACCCCGAAAAAUCAGCUUUGAUACCGUUUUCGAGUUGUUUAAUAGGUUUUCGACUUGUUGUCCAUCCAUGUCACCCCAAAGCAAGACUCAAACACGUCAAGAUAACACUAACCCUACAUGCAAAGGAGCCAGGGCCCACCAGUUCCUCGCCUAUCAUCAAAUCAAUUUAUCCGCUUGAUGGUCGAAUUCAUGAAACUGGUGAAAGAACAUCGGUUCAUGCCAUGCGGGAAAAUUCAGUUAGAUUAAACUUGGGAGUAGACCCGUAUGGCACCGCGACACUCACUCAUGCUCAAUCCGUUGCACAAGGCAGUUACACGGUACCUUAUGUUCUCAGCUCCGGGGUAAAUACUAACAUUCUUUUGAUUACCAUGGAUGAAGAUAGUUCCUUGAAAGGGGGAGUGGCUCCUUCUUUAUACUUUGCUGCCUUGCUUGAGUUUCCAACCAAUACUGCAAAAUCUUUCCAAGCUCACCUACAGGUUGCCUCACAGGCUCAAAAGGAUCACCCAUUCAAGAUGUGGUGUAGCCCAAAGAUUUGGAGUUUAGAUUACGAUGGUCAAACUGAAUUGGGUAGUUUGGAAUUUGGCGCAUAG